CCCCAGACCCGGAAGAUGCGGGUCAUGGCGCCCCGAACCCUCUUCCUGCUGCUCUCGGGGGCCUUGGUCCUGACACAGACCUGGGCGGGCUCCCACUCCCUGAGGUAUUUCUACACCGUGGUGUCCCGGCCCGGCCGCGGGGAGCCCCGCUUCAUCGCCGUCGGCUACGUGGACGACACGCAGUUCGUGCGGUUCGACAGCGACGCCGCGAGUCCGAGGAUGGAGCCGCGGGCGCCGUGGAUGGAGCAGGAGGGGCCGGAGUAUUGGCAAGAAGAGAUGCGGAUCUACAAGGAGCAUGCACGGAUUUUCCGAGUGGAACUUAACAACCUGCGGGGCUACUACAACCAGAGCGAGGCUGGGUCUCACACCCUCCAGGCGGUGUUUGGCUGCGACGUGGGCCCAAAGGGGCGCCUUCUCCGCGGGUACAGUCAGUUCGCCUACGAUGGUGCCGAUUACAUAGCCCUGAACGAGGACCUGCGCUCCUGGACCGUGGCGGACACGGCGGCUCAGAUCACCCGGCGUAAGUUGGAGGCGACCGGUGCAGCGGAGCACCACAGGAACUACCUGGAGGGCAAGUGCGUGGAGUGGCUCCGCAGAUACCUGGAGAACGGGAAGGAGACGCUACAGCGCGCAGACCCCCCAAAGACAUGUGUGACUCACCACCCCAUCUCUGACCGUGAGGUCACCCUGAGGUGCUGGGCCCUGGGCUUCUACCCUGUGGAGAUCACUCUGACCUGGCAGCGGGACAGGGAGGACCUGACCCAGGACAUGGAGCUUGUGGAAACCAGGCCUUCAGGGGACGGGACCUUCCAGAAGUGGGCUGCUGUGGUGGUGCCUUCUGGAGAGGAGGAGAGGUACACGUGCCACGUGCAGCACGGGGGGCUGUCUGAGCCCCUCACCCUGAAAUGGGACCCGCCUCCUCAGUCCACCAUCCCCACUGUGGGCAUCAUUGCUGACCUGAUUCUCUUUGUGGUCACUGGAGCUGUGGUGGCUGGAGCUGUGAUCUGGAGGAAGAAGUGCUCAGGUGGAAAUGGAGGGAGCUACACUCAGGCUGCAAGUAGUGACAGUGCCCAGGGCUCUGAUGUGUCUCUAAAGGCAGCAUGAGACAGCUGUCUUGUAGGAGGCUGAGUGAUGCAAGAUUUGUUCCUGUCCUACCACAUUGUGACUUCAGGAAUCUGUGACUUCUGUUUCCGCAAAGGGCAUCUGAGUGUGUCUGCGUUCCUAUUAGCAUAAUGAGAGGAAGUGGAGAGACCGGUCUCCCUUGUGACCUCCUCCCCACACUGACCUGUGUUCUCUUUCCUGAUCGACUUUCCUCUUCCAGCAGAGGCAGGGCUGGGCUGUCUCUAUCCCUGUCUUAAUUUCGUGUUGCACUGAGCUAUAACUUUUUACUUCUUUAUUGAAAGUAAGAAUCUGGAUAUGAACUUGUUUUUUCAAAUUCUUGCCGUGAGGGAUUGGUGGAUUAAUUAAAGGAGAAGAUUCCUAAAAUUUGAGAGGGGAAAUAAAUGGAAGCACUGAGAACCUU